AUGGCGCGUAUCGAGCCGUUUAUCAAUGGAAUGACUCAAUAUGCAAAAGUUAUAGAGGUCUUUGUACAAGUGAAGCCUGAAAUCAUGGCUCUGAUCUGGGGCCCUCUGAAAUUGUUGCUUCAGCUGGCUAGUCAGUUCACCGAGAGCUUUGAGAAAAUCCUGGACGCGAUAGGGAGAAUAGGGGAGAAUCUUCCACGGUUCCAGAGGUUCUGUACGGCAUUUUCGUAUAAUGAUCAGAUACAGGAGAUCAUAAGCACUGUAUAUGAAGAUAUCAUGGAGUUUUAUAUAAGCGCCUGGAAAUUCUUCAACCGUAGAGCGUGGAAGAUUAUGUUUUCUUUGGUAUGGGCUUCGUUUGAGACCAGAUUUGGUCUUAUUCUCAGAAACCUGCAAAGGCACCAAGCUUUGGUGGACAAUGAAGCUCGUGCCGAAGAUAUCAUACAAUCACAGAAAGCACGAGAAGAAGAACUAAAACGGGCUGAAGAGCGCCAAUUGGAUGAUAUGCACCGAAAGAUGAAAGAGAUAUUUGAUUGGAUCAAACCAGUCAAUAUUGUAGACCAUAGGGAGAAAUGUGGAUACCUGAAGCAAGAUGGUACCGGUGACUGGCUCAUAAGAAGCAAAGAUAUUCAGGACUGGAUUACCGGGAAGGGGAAGCAGUCGAUUUGGCUGACAGGUAAACCUGGUUCUGGGAAAACAAUUCUUUCGUACACACUCUUAGAGCACCUAGAGCUGAAGAUGGCAUCAGCAAGCCUCUCUGGCUUAGUCCUUUAUUACUUCUGCAGCUACGAACAAGUCGACUCGAAAAUAUGCCAGAAUAUCCUUUGCGCCUUAAUCUAUCAGAUAAUCUCGCAGAAGCAAGAUUUACUGGUAUAUGUUUACCCAGAGAUUACGAAGCUCCUAUCAGUACCAAUGCUCCAGAAACUUUUGUACGAACUGAUCGAGGCUUCAGUUUCUCCUUCCGAGUUUGUCUAUGUUAUUAUUGACGGACUUGAUGAACUUCCACAGACCGAACGAGAGAGAUUAAUGCGGAUUUUGAAAGGGCUCAAACAAAAGCCAUUGAGCUUAGCUUCUAGAAUAUUUGUAGCAAGCCGGGACUUGGCCGACAUUCGUACUGUGUUCGAGAGGCAAAGACCCUUGGAGAUUUCGAUAAAAGACAAUAAUAAACAUGAUAUAUAUCGAUAUAUAGCUCACGAGUCAUUGAGGGUGGUGGAGGAGUUUGGCUUCGAAGGAGCACAGCGACUAUCUGUGCAGAAGGAAAUCCAAAAUAGUCUUUCUAGACGUGCAGAUGGAAUGUUCCUCUGGGUUCAUCUGGUCAUCGAGAAUUUACUCUCACAAGUCACUAUAAAAGAUAUUCGGGACGCUCUAGACGAUCUCCCGGCAGGGCUGAGCCAGGUUUACGAGAGAAUUAUAGGUAAAAUCAAGCAUCUGGAUGAAAAGAAAAGAAGCAAGGCAGAAAAGACUCUGGAGUGGAUGACCUGCACAUAUCGCCCCUUGAAGGUCGAAGAGCUUGAGGAUGCUUUAUCGAUGGAACUUCAGGAUCCGGACCUCACUUUGAAAGAAGAAAAAAGACAACCUAUUAUCCGUCUACGUUGGCUUUGUGGGCCGAUAAUCGAGCUUUCUAAAGGAGUUGUAACCUUUGUUCAUUUUACGGCGAAGGAAUAUCUUCUGAGUCAACGUAGUGGACCUUUCGUUGAUCGCAUAAGCUCUCACUUGAGCAUUUCUCGAGUAUGCAUAACGUAUCAAUGUUUCCGCUGCUUCGAGCCGGGUAUUUCCAAUGAUGAGGCUGUUGGAUUUCUACUCAACGGAGACUUGAGACUCUUCGAUUACGUUCAUUCGAACUGGUUCGAACAUAUCCGGGAAUUUUGUAAGUUUAAUCCCAGCCAAGAACAGAUCGACAUUCUGUCGACGUCUCUUAGGAUUCUCUUUCGGAAACAAUCUGUCUAUAUGAACGCAUAUCAGGCCAGUGUUGGACACAAUCCCGCGUCGAACUCUGUCUUGGAUGGGAUUCCUGGAGCCAAGGAAUUUUUCCGUUUCGAGCCCACGUUGAAAAUUGGACUUAUAGCUAUUCUAGAGUUUCGGGAAAGAAUGGAAAAGCAAAACCUGAAGCUGGGCCCUGGAGACGAACUGUCCCGUUGGUGCGAUGAGAAUACUCCGUCGACAUUUUUAAGGGGUGCCCGGAGACUUCAAGAUGCCCUUGAAGAGUUACUCAACGAGCAGCCAUCUGAUCCUCUCAAGGUAGAAGCAGCCCGCAAAGCUUACGGAAAAAACCUCUAUUUCUGCAGAUAUCGGUUCUGUCAAAGUUUUUCAAGCGAUGGAUUUUUGACGUACAAUGAGCGGAGACUGCACGAGGAGAGGUUGCAUAUCAGGCCAUACAGAUGCCCUGUUGAAGGUUGUUUUCGCGAGGGAGCUCCAUUUCCAACCAAAGCCCCACUCCGCGACCAUAUAAGCAGAUACCAUAUUGUCAUACCUGAUAAGAUUUCUGCUCUAGAUAUUGAGAUCUUGAGCACGCUAUUCGAAACGAUGAAAUAUGGAGGCACCGUUCGUCGAACCAAAAAAAAUUUAAAUACGCUUCCAUCCCUCCCAGGAAUGGCCACCGGAGUAGAAACCCGGGACGAGCAACGGGCCCAGGACGAGCAACGGGCCCAGGACAAGCAGCGGGCCCGGGACGAGCAACAGGCCCGGGACGAGCAACGGGCCCGGGGCGCGCAACGGACCCAGCAGAUCGAGCAGAUGUUGCAACGGGCCCUGGACGAGGGACCGGCCCUAGACAGGCAACAGCUGCUACAGAUGCUACAGCUACGACAGUCCGAGUCGCGGCAGGCCGAGAUCAGGCUACGAGACCUCUACACCAACGCGGGGCCCUGGACGAGGGACGACUGGGUCUGA